AUUUAAUUGCAUGAGUUGGGGAUCAUAACGGCUCCCGUGGAUUUCCUACAGGGAAAUUACACAGCUGGGAGCGCCUGACUCAUAACGAACCACCAAUUUUGGCGCAAACGGAGCAAGCCCCAAAAUCACCGUUUUCAUUGAGACAAACAGGAGUCGGUUCGUUGAACUGUUUUGCUCUCUUUAACACGUGGAGGCGACAGUGGUUUUGCAACAUCGAGAGGGAAAAUGACUUGUUUACUGAGGCGUCGAGUGAUUGAGAAUUUUCCACAGUUUUGACGCGCCCAUCAUGCGCAGGGACUGUUAAUGGCGCUCAUUAUCAUGACUGUAUUCAUGUGUGUGAUGGGGAAGAGAGAGAGAGAGAGAGAUAGAGAGAGAGAGAGAUAGAGAGAGCAAGCGCCUAACAUCUACUUGAUUCAUGGAGUGUGCGUCUGAGAGCAAUGGUCUGUAAAGUUGGGUGGAAAUAUGAACGAGCAUAACCAAAUGAUUUUCCUCAGAUAAGACAUAAAACUAGUCCGUCUGUGUUUACAGACAGAAAAUCAGUAUAUGCAUGACUGUAAAACGUAUAUGUUUAAUUAUAGGUGGCAAAGGAAGAGAAUUGAGUUGAAUUUGGCGCGGAGCGCGUGGGAGGCAUUGGCAAGUACAGUCUCAAUUCCGCGCUGAGAUGUUAAGGAGCGUACACGCGCUCGACAGUUUGCCAUUAUGUCUCGACUUUAGCCGAUGCUGUAGCAGAGGAAUCUAUAUCCGAAAUAGCUCUAAUCCACGUUAUCGACGUUUUAACGUCUGAAUACGGCGUGUUGCUGUUUUCUCCAAAAGGAUGCGAUAUUGACGGAAUCCCCCUCAGAGGAGGCACGCGGACCUGUUCCACAAGCUCCACUGCGGAACGCGCUCGAGACUCACAAAUAAAUAACACAAAUAUUAGGGUGAAAAAUCCUUGUGGUCGUUUUAUGUCGACUGAAUCAGUGAACGCAUUUUUCUUCCCUUUUUCUGGUGAACCUCUGUAAGGAAUGGACACGGUAAACACAAGGACACUGGUGGAAUUACGCCGUUAAGAGCGCUGAACUUGACGGAUUUGUUUAUAAAGAAAGAGCAAGGUUAUACGAUGAAGAGUGAGGACACGGUGUAAUUCCUGACUGGUAUAUUGGAAAUGUAUAACGAGGAUAUAGGAACCUUGAAUACUUAAGCUCCUGUCAAGGUGGUUCGCCGAAGGUCUGAAAAAAAUGCGCCGAGAAACGCGCCUUCUCUGUGAGGAAAUCUUCGUGGAUAACAUUCACAAGACAUCGGUCAGUUUCACAGAUGGCACAUUUCAACCACGCCGAGUCUUCUUCACUGACACCUCGUGACACGCAAGUCAAACUCAGAAAUCCACCCACAACCUCCCCAUUCGCCUGCGAAGAGAAGUGAUCUCAGCGGUGAUAUUCUGCUAACAGAGGAGCCGAUCUGCACUUCGCACUUUACGCUGUGGUUUUGAAUUAUGAAAUAUGGGCUGUGACAGACCAUCAAAACUGUGGGGCUGAAGCCAGGAAUGAUGGGAGCUGUUGUCUGGUUGAUGGUCUUAUGGGCUUUGCUGGGUUGGUCGAAGGCUGCAGAGAAGCCUCCAUCCCUGAGCGUUGCUGUGAUACUGGGCCAGACCCCCACCGUAUCCGAAUCAGCCCUGCGUCCGGCUCGUGGGAUAGGUGCACCUCUGGAUGUGACUGUACUCAGUGUCCAGGUGAACCAGACGGACCCAGGAAGCAUGCUCACACACCUGUGUGAACUCAUGUCCCGACAGAGACUGCACGGGCUGGUCUAUGGAGAUGGCACGGACCAGGAAGCCGUGGCACAAAUGCUGGACUUUGUUUCCUCUCAGACUUCCAUGCCCAUACUGGGAAUCCAUGGCGGCUCUGCCAUGACCAUGGCCGAAAAGGAUGCCGGUUCUUCGUUUUUCCAGUUUGGGGCCUCCCUCCAGCAGGAGGCACUGUUGAUGCUUGCUAUAAUGGAGGAGUAUGACUGGCAUGUAUUCUCGGUGGUCACCACUAAGUACCCAGGUUUCCAGGAGUUCAUAGCCACUGUACGCGUCACAGUGGACCACAGCUUUGUUCGUUGGGACCUUCAGAGCGUAGUGACGCUGGACGGUGUUGGCGAACCUGAGGACCGAGCCCACGUGCAGCUUAAACGCAUCCAGUCACCCGUCAUCCUCCUCUAUUGCUCCAAAGACGAAGCAGCGCUGGUUAUGGAUGAAGCCCGUUCACUAGGGCUCACCGGGGCUGGCUUUGUGUGGAUUGUUCCUAGUUUGACAACAGGAAAUAUCGAACAUACCCCGGAAGCCUUUCCGACAGGGAUGAUAUCUGUGGCAUACGAUGAAUGGGAUUAUCCCCUGGAGAAGCGUGUGCAGGAUGCUGUGGGAAUUAUCAGUUCUGCGGCGGCUGCCAUGUUCAGAGAGGAAGGUCGGAUACCUGAUGGUACAGCUAGCUGCUAUGGCCAAUCAGAGAAGCCAGAGGUGCCGGCAAGUGCUCUGCGCAGAUAUAUGAUGGGAGUCAAUCUAGGGGGUAAAGAUCAUUCAUUCAUGGACGAUGGCUACCAAGUCAAUCCCAAACUGGUUGUCAUUGUUCUGAACACGCGGAGGGAAUGGGAGAAGAUGGGACGAUGGGAAAACCACUCAUUGAAGUUGAAGUUUCCAGUGUGGCCGCGUUAUAAUUCAUUCGGAGACAUGGACGCUGAUGAGAACCACUUGAGCAUUGUUACUCUAGAAGAAAGACCCUUUGUUAUAGUGGAUGAUGUGGACAUUCUUACUGGCACAUGUAUGCGAAACUCUGUACCUUGCAGGAAACACAUUAAAGAUAAUACCACGGAGGGCUCCUAUGUCAAGAAAUGCUGCAAGGGCUUUUGUAUAGACAUCCUGAAGAAGAUUGCCAGAAAUGUAAAGUUCACCUAUGAUCUUUACCUGGUCACAAAUGGCAAACAUGGCAAGAAGAUCAAUAAUGUGUGGAACGGCAUGGUGGGGGAGGUAUUCAAUAAAAAGGCAGUAAUGGCCGUGGGCUCAUUGACUAUAAAUGAAGAGCGGUCCGAGGUCAUAGACUUCUCUGUCCCAUUUGUUGAGACAGGCAUCAGCGUGAUGGUGUCACGUAGCAAUGGAACGGUGUCACCUUCUGCGUUUCUAGAACCCUUCAGUGCUUCAGUGUGGGUUAUGAUGUUUGUCAUGUUACUCAUCGUCACAGCAAUCGCUGUAUUCCUCUUUGAAUUCAUCAGUCCGCUCGGUUUCAAUAGAAACCUGGCACAGGGCAAAGACCCUCAUGGACCCUCCUUCACCAUUGGUAAGGCAAUCUGGCUGCUGUGGGGUCUGGUGUUCAACAACUCCGUCCCAGUACAGAACCCAAGGGGCACUACCAGUAAAUUUAUUGUAUCCGUAUGGGCCUUUUUCGCUGUGAUUUUCCUGGCCAGCUACACUGCCAACUUGGCUGCCUUUAUGAUCCAAGAGGAGUUUGUGGACCAAGUCACAGGCCUCAGUGACAGAAAGUUUCAGAGUCCCUAUUCCUAUUCACCACCGUUUCGCUUUGGGACCGUGCCUAAUGGGAGCACAGAGCGAAACAUCAGGAAAAACUACCCAGACAUGCACCAGUACAUGGUGAAAUACCAUCAAACUGGAGUUCAGGAUGCACUGGUCAGCCUUAAGACUGGUAAACUGGAUGCUUUCAUAUAUGAUGCGGCUGUGCUCAACUAUAUGGCGGGGCGUGAUGAUGGCUGUAAGCUAGUAACUAUUGGCAGUGGCUACAUCUUUGCCACAACAGGAUAUGGUAUUGCCCUGCAGAAAGGAUCCUACUGGAAACGGCUGGUCGACCUUGCUAUCCUCGGGAUCAUUGGAGAUGGUGAGAUGGAGGAGCUGGAGGCCCAAUGGCUGACUGGUAUUUGUCAUAAUGAGAAGAAUGAAGUGAUGAGCAGUCAGCUGGAUGUGGAUAAUAUGGCUGGUGUGUUCUAUAUGCUUGCGGCUGCCAUGGCUCUGUCGCUAAUUACUUUUGUCUGGGAGCACCUCUUCUACUGGAGGCUACGUUACUGUUUCACUGGUCUCUGUUCUGGUCGGCCAGGAAUGCUCUUCACUAUCAGCAGGGGGAUUUGGAGUUGUAUUCACGGUGUCCACAUCGAAAUGAAGAAAGCCCCAGAGUUGGGCUUCAGCCCUCAGGCCAACAUGUUGCACCUUCUGAAAUCGGCUAAAGAGAUCACCACCCUUGGAGUUACCUCACCUAAACGCCCCGUGACUAGCAUUCUCCCUCCUACCCCGGGCUUGUUGGAAAUUAUGGGCGGAGGAAAAGGUAACAACCUUGCCCAGAAAAACAUGCCCUAUAGCAAUGCCAGCACCAUGCUCAGCAACCGUCACAAAGAGCCACUUAACAACACUCUUUUGCCAGGGCAACGUGCCCUGAGCUUGACGGAUGCUCAGCCAGGUGUUGCUGGAAACGGUGGCUCAGGAGGUGGAGGUGAGACCAUACGACCUCCUGCCUCCAAGCCACGUGCUCUGUGGAAGAAAUCUGUGGAGACCCUACGGCAGAACCAAGGACCUGGGGGAAAUUCCCCACCAUCUGUCCCGCAGCCUACUGAAACCCUGCCUAUGAAGAGCCAGCGCUACCUGCCCGAAGAUGCACCUGCCCGCUCAGAUAUGUCAGAUUGCUCUGGUCGGGUGGAAUUGCAAAAGCAGCACAAGGUAAAAGAAACGGUUCGAAAACGGAACCGCCUACCGCGGGACCUGAGCGACGUGGAGCUUUCAACAUUGCGGAGCCAGCCCAGCCAGCAGAGCAACCACAGCGCUCAGAUCUACUCUCAGAGCAGCCAGGGGAGUCAGAUUUUUACCAUUGACUCCAUUGACCAGGAGCAUGGGCUGCACUACCCAGAUAUCUUCAGCGACCACCGUGACAACAAGCACCGACCAACCUCUUCUUCCGAGCAGCAGCCAAUUCUGCAGCUCAACAGCAGUCUGCUCUCCCAGGCCCAUGAACCGGACGUGAUGCAAACCGCCAUUGCAAAGGAUAAAAAAUACAACACAUAUGGAAAGCCCGGCGGGGCAGGGAGCAUUGCCGGCGGGCCUGGUUCUACUCAGGAUCCACGACAGACACACUGCCGUAGCUGCCUGUCGAAAGUGUCCAGUUACUCUGGGCUUUACACUGUACGGUCCCCUCAGUAUCGCUGCGAUGCCUGCCUGCACUCUGGAAACCUGUACGACAUCAGCGAAGACCAGUUCCUCCAUCCAGAUGGACGGGGCACCGGCGGCGGAAGUGUUGACAGGGCCUUCUCUCCUUUUAUCCCCCAGCCUGAUGCUUCCUUCACAGCCUAUCUUCCCCAGAGUGACCAAGAGGGCGACGGUCUUAUUAGUCACUACCAGAACGAAGGCGUAAUCAUCCGCCAGCACUCGUACGAAAACCUGCCUCAGAAGAGUACCUCGCGGCGAGUCAGCCUGCAGGACAACACGCCGUAUGCCAACAUUCCCUCGGCGACUCUGAUCCCAGACAAGCCCCUAAAAAAUCAGUCAGUGCACCUAAACCACACGCUCGCGGGAAUGGGUGUCAGUGGACUCGGGAUUGGCCGUCGCAGCAAGUCGAUGUAUCCAGCACGCCCGACGGAAAACCCCUUUCUCCAGACGCUCCGUGACGACCAGCGUCUAGCUCAUGGCCGCAGCUCCACAGACAUUUAUAAGCAACUGGUGCCGCUCACAUUAGGCCAGGCUGAUGGCAAUGUGCUCGGAGUGGGGAUGGCUACCCCUGACCUCUAUUACCCCGAGCAUGUGAUGCCUUAUGUAGCCCCUCCCCCUGUCGGCACAUACACUGCCCCCAGGGCAAUGAGCGCUGGGGGCGCUCGGCGCGUCUACAAGAGGAUGCCGAGCAUCGAAUCUGAUGUCUGAUAGGGAGAGAGGUUUGAGAGACUAUGAAAAGACAUGCAUGGAUAUUUCCACCAGGAUAUGGCUUAACCGUGGAACUCUUGGCAGGAUUGAAAAGCUUUAUGACUUUAAAGCAAGCAAGUUUGGAAUAUAUUUUGUUUCCCUUCUUGGACUUAUCUGUCUGAACAGAAACCAGAGUUCAACUUUACAUCAGGUCCUCCCCUCUAGUCGAGCGGCAGCUCUGUGUCUUCCAGAAAACAUCAGAAAUGGUGGGCAGGACGCUCUCGCGCCUUCGAGCGAAGGAAGAGCAGUGAAAGCUGCUUGGAAGUACCAGGGGCAGCUCCAAAGAGUUUCCUUUUUCACGCAACAUGAGCAACCAAAAAAUUGAAUAAAUAAAACAUACGUGAAUAUCCACAUUCUGCACUUUUACACACACACACACACACACAAAAAAUACACAUGCACAUGCAAGAGGCACAAACAAUACAUGAUCUCAAACCACUGAAAGAACAACGUUAGGUAUAAUAAUAGAAUCUCUCUUAGCCAAAAAAUGUAAUAGCAUACAUGACAGGUGUGCACUUGCACACAAUGACAUGCUCUGAAAUAAAUAAUUGCUAAGCAGAUCCAAACCUGAUUGAGUUUAUGGAAAGGUGGCAGAACAUCUGUUACAUUGUUUGAACGGCUUAUAAAUGCAUGUACGAAUGCAUUUCGAUGCAAGAGCUGCACUGAGGCACAGUCCACAAAGACUGCUCAGCUGAAAGAUUAGAUUUCCAUUCCAGUCUGUGACAAAAUGCACUACCUGAAUGAUUAGUCUCGGGUGUAAUCUCUGAAAUAAAGUAUGUUAGAGAAUUUCAGAGAAGGAAAUCUUGGUGCACACAAGGCCUGCGACUCGUUCGUGUCUCUGAGGACACCAAGAGGAAAAAGUCUUUGACCCUCCCCACCCUUGAAUCUGUCCGUACCUUGCCUGCAUGCAGAGCUCAAAUGCAGGAAAACACUCCUCUGCUCACAGCACAACAGUGUAGUAAGUGUCAGUGUUCAUUCAUCUAAAUUUUAUCAUCUUGAGCAUAUUUCUAUAGUUGUCUAGAAUAUUGAAAAAAGUGAUAGUCGAUUUUUACACAGUUUUAUACACUGCCAAAUAUUUGAAAAAGGUGUGCAAAGUAUAUUUAUGAGACGGGAGGAAAAGAAAUGCAGGGAAGUGACAGAAAAAGAGGUUUACCGUCUUUUUUGUGGCCGCAAGGGACUCGGAGAAGACGUAGACAAUAUAAAAGCCCACACCACCUAAUGAUGUCAAUACAGAACCACCGAGAGUUAAAAAAUUCCUGUUUGCCUCAAACACACAAACACAUCACUUCCUGUAGAAUCCAACCACAAACUCAUACUUCACAAAUAUUUUUGGUUGUUUUGAAUUAUAAUGGUCGUUCCAGCGAUAUGCACAAUAUCAGGUUGCAAUAUUAUAUUUAUGUAUGAAAUUUCCUAGUUUUAAUAUGUUUUAUUAUUAGUUCUUCAUUUUAUGAAUUGUUAUACAUGUGGAAUUAAUUUAUUAAUGUGAUUUAAUUGCGUAUAUAUUUAAAAGGAAAAAAAGAUAACAGCAUGUUAAUCUUCUCUAUGGUCAAACUUUUAGAAUUGUUCUUUUUGAUUUUGAUGUGAAUGGGAGUAUAUGUUUACAGUGAAUGUGAAAAUAUGGAUUCAUCUCAGAUGUGAUUUUGAUUCUCAUUUGAAUACAAACAUAAAACUGUCGUAUGACCAAA